GCCCCGCCCUUUCACCCUCCAGCCCCGGUCUCCAGCAGCCAAGAUGGCGGCUCCCUGUGUGUUCUGGGGCGCAGCGGUUUCCUACCGGCUCUUUCUCGGAGGUAGGGUUAGCCUUGCCCUCAGACAGGGCGUCUGGAAAGCCGCGGCUGCUGAGUUGCAGAUACUAAGGCUAAGACACACCACAGGUGUAACAGCAAAGAAAAAUGUUGCAGCCUUAAGACGUGAAACUUACACAGUGGAUUUUAUUAAAAAGCAGAUUGAAGAGUUCAACAUAGGAAAGAGACAUUUAGCCAACAUGAUGGGAGAAGAUCCAGAAACUUUUAUGCAAGAGGAUAUUGAUAGAGCUAUUGCUUACCUUUUUCCAAGUGGUUUGUUUGAGAAGCAAGCCAGGCCAAUAAUGAAGCAUCCUGAACAGAUUUUUCCAAAACAGAGAGCAAUCCAGUGGGGAGAAGAUGGCCGUCCAUUUCAUUUUCUCUUCUAUACUGGCAAACAGUCGUAUUAUUCACUAAUGCACGAAGCAUAUGGAAAGCUACUAGAUGUAGAAAAACGUCAGAAUCAGUUGCAAGCCAAAGGUCUAUUUUCAGAAAAAACUAAAACCAAAGACCUGAUUGGCAGCAGAUGGCUGAUUAAGGAGGAACUAGAAGAAAUGUUAGUGGAAAAACUGUCAGAUCAAGAUUAUGCACAGUUCAUUCGGCUGCUAGAAAGGUUAUUGACAGCGGAGUGCAGUGCCGAAGAAGAAGAGUUUGUGCAGAGGUUUCGUAGGAGUGUAACUGUUCAAUCAAGAAAACAGCUGAUUGAACCCUUGCAGUAUGAUGGGCAAGGAAUGGCCUUCAGCACAAGCGAAGGUAAAAGAAAGAGUGCAAAAGCAGAAGCCGUUGUUUAUGAGCGUGGAAGUGGAAGAAUAAAAGUAAAUGGAAUCGAUUAUCUGCUUUACUUCCCAGUGACACAAGACAGAGAACAGCUGAUGUUCCCUUUCCACUUCCUGGACCGGCUUGGAAAACACGAUGUGACCUGCACCGUGUCGGGUGGUGGGCGGUCUUCGCAGGCGGGAGCCAUACGCUUGGCGAUGGCCAAAGCCUUGUGCAGUUUUGUCACCGAGGAAGAGGUCGAGUGGAUGAGACAAGCUGGACUGCUGACUGCCGAUCCACGGGUCAGAGAACGGAAGAAGCCAGGCCAGGAGGGAGCCCGCAGAAAGUUUACCUGGAAGAAGCGCUAAGUGUUCUUUCACAGGAGAGGAGAGGAAACGCUGUGUAUAUGUGCCCGGCACGCGGCAGACAUAUGAUAAAUAUUUGCCGGCCAGUGUGAGGGCAACACUAUCGGGCGUUUGAGUUGUGAGACGGUUUAUUUUUAAAUGCUACUUCGUAAAGGUUACCCUGUAAAUACAAUUUUUAAAACAUG